AUGCGCUUUGAAAACCGGGUUGCUUUUAUAACAGGCGGUGGCGGUCCGCUUGGGAUCGGCAGGGCAGCGUGUCUGGCAUUUGCACGCGAAGGCGCAGCCAUUGUCGUUGCAGGUGGACGGAUGGCGGAUGCGGUUGCCGCAGAGGUUCAGAACGAAGGUGGUCGGGCAAUCGCCAUACCGCUAGAUGUGACCGUUCCUGAACAGGUACAAGCGGCUGUUGACACCACCGUUGAAACAUUCGGGCGAUUGGACAUCCUGUUCAAUAAUGCAGGAAUUCUGGGCAGGAGUAAGUUAUUUGAAGUAACGGCUGAAGAUUUCGAUCGUGUCAUGGCUGUCAACGUUAAAGGGUGUCUGUUGUGCGCUCAAGCUGCAGCGAAGGUAAUGCGCGAGCAGGGGAUUCAUGGACGCAUUAUCAAUAACUCGUCAAUCUAUGCAGAAGAAUCACACGAAGGUGCCCUCAGUUACUGUGUCAGCAAAGCAGCGUUGAACCGAUUGACCCGUAGCCUCGCCCUUGAAUUGCGUCCCGAUGGGAUCACCGUCAAUGCAAUUGCCCCCGGCGGCGGUGCACCCACAGGAAUCAAUUCCCCACAGGAUCUGCCACAGGAUGACUCCUUGCCAGAUCUGCUUCCCGCUUCAGCCGACGCACCUCCGCUGGAUCGGCGCGCAACUGUAUGGGACUAUAUCGGCGCGGUACUAUUCCUCGCAUCCGAUGAGGCGGCUUAUAUAAGCGGUGAUAUCAUGACAAUUGACGGCGGUGCGGUCGCCCGUCGAUGA